UUGUUAACUUUCAUUGCAUAAUUUCUCUCAUCCUCUCUCUCUCUGUUUUUUUUUUAGCAAUCACUCUUCUAUGUAUAUUAUCCAUCCUUAUAUAUGAUACAUGUCUUCACUCCUCACAACCCUUUUCCGCAAAUCACACUCAACUUACCAUCUCCAUACCGCUUCUUCCCUCACGUUCACAUCUGAAUCUGAAUCUGAAUCUCCCCUCUUAAAAAUGGGAUCCUGUCUCUCUCUCUCCCUCUCCUCAGGCCCCUCUCCAAAAUCCAGCAUAUCCACAUCCACAUCCACAUCCACAUCCACAUCCACAUCCACAGCUUUCGGUCGCUCAGCGUACAGACAAAUGGAAACCUUAGAAAAACAAGAAAAACAAGAAAACCCAGAAAAACCAAAAGUAAAAAAAUCUCUAUUAAUUCACGAAGAGGAGUAUUACUCAGAUGAAGAAGAUAUGGGAAUUAUAGAAAUUCGUUCGAGGAAAUAUGGAGUGAAGAAGGGAAAGUGGGAUACGAAGGAGAUAGAGGCGGAGAGUUCGUCACUUGAUCUUGAUCUCUUGCUAAAUAAACCCCUGCCCCCGCUUCCGGAAGAUGGUGAUGAACCGCCUUUUGAGGGCAUGGUUAGGGUGUGGUGCGCAGAGGGAGAAGGCAGGUGGAUGUGGCCGAGGGCAGUGGGUGUGCCCGUUGUGGUUAGUGCGGAUUAUUGGUUGUGGAGGGAGCAGAGGGGUGAGAGGGUUGGGGGUGGAGGUGUUAGAGGUUGAGGUUUUGAGGUUUUGAGAUCCUGAAGUCUUUAGAUAUGAGAUAUUUAGGUAUGGGGUUAUAGAGUUGGGGUUAAACACUCGAAUGUUUUAGAGUAAGCGAAAAUUGAUUGUUCAGUUGGGCAAUGGCUUC